UUGCACCACUGCGGCCCACCCCUCCCAUCUCGCGCCUUCCCUCUUGUCCUCCUCGAGCUGCUAGCCGACGGAGUGUGUGUUGUUGUUGAAGCAAUGAUGGCGGCAGCGGGAUGCGGAUCAGCAACCGCGGCUGCCGUAGGAGGCCAAGGUGGAACCGCAACGGCCCGAGGUCGUUUCCCUGGUCGGCCUUGGUCAUCGCGCAGUCGUUUGCGUUCUGAGAAGCGAUGGCAACUCGGUCGAUCAGGCUUGGAAGCUGAUGAUGUGACUAACGGAGGGCCAAGGCCCGCAAACCCGGUCCUAUCGUUAAACGAAGACCAGUCUCACUUGCGCUUACUUGGGAUAGAGGCAAGCCACAAGAUCCUUGGCCAGGCUGGAUACAGCUCUAGUGGGAGUGAAGAGACUGAUGACUUCCAAGGAUUCGAAGCAGAGAAAAAAGGCUCCAAAGGACCUGUUGUGUCUCAACAAAAUUCUUCCAAAGGUGAUGCUGCCAACACAAAACCUAAACGACAGAGUGAGAAGCUACAGCUCAAAAUGCCAGCAGUGGAGGCAGCAAUCCCACCUGACCCUGUGAAAGAUGUCCAGUCUUCAGCCGAGGUACAAGGCGCAUCUCUUGAAGCAAAUCCGGCAAAGGACAUGAAGAAAAGUCAAAAAGGAAAAAACGCUAUAGACCGGCAGACCACAAAAAGUAGAGCUUCAGCAGCAACGCCAAGAAUCACUAUAAAGUUAGUGGCCAAAAAGAAGGUGAAAACUAUAAAGGAGCCUCAGAAAAAAUCCACGAAAAAGCUGAAGAUAAAAGAAAUUCAGGAUCAGCCUGAUGCCACGGACAUUCAAGCAGACCAGGUUUUAAGUGCUCAAGUUCAGUUUAAAACUGAACCGCCUGAGGAUGAACAGGUCACAGAGGACAAGGGAGUGGGAGCUGCACCUACAAGGAGGCGCGGGAGAUCUGCCGGAAAGAGAGCAGAGCCCGAGGGCCAGACUACUGCCAAAGUUGUGGUUGAUGACCAAAAAUCAAAAGAAAAAGAGCCGACUGACUCUGUGGAGGACAGCGAGUCUGUUGAGCCACAAUUGAACGCAAAAGAAGUAAAUAAAAGGAAAGCGGUGGUGACUAAAGGUUCUGCAGAUAAACUAGUAACUCGAAGGAGCAACAGAGUUGCUAACCCACUCUCUAAAAAAGCCCCUGACCAAGCAGCUGAGCCCGAGAGCGAGAGUAAUAGUAAAAAUACUGCCGAUCUGGUUGAAUCCAAGCCAGUUUCCCAAACAGCAGAGGCCAAAGCUUUGGAGGGAAAAAACAGACGAAGGCAAAGCAGGAGACUAAAUAAAGAUGUUACAGUCCCAGAAAACCUGGACUCUUCAUCCACAGAGAAAUAUAACCUUGCUGUACAACCGAGUGACAGUUUGCCUUUUCAAAAUGAGGAAACGAGGGUUCCAAGCUUAAAGCUGAUAAAGAUAAAAAACCCGAAAUAUGAAGUGCAGGCCAGUGGGAAGGCUUCCUCUCGAAAGAAAAAACGGCGAAAAUAUAUUUGGACUUUAACGCUGGUGAAAGUAGGAAGCCCACCACCAGUCGCUGAAAAUAUUAUCAAACCACCAGCAGAGUCGGUGGACAAUGUGGAUGUCUCACUUCCUCCUGACAGUUGUACCAGCAAAGCUGUAAAGGGACUGGAGAAAAAAUCUAAGAUGGAUGUGGCAGCCCCACAGGAGAGUGAAAGCACGGACAGCAAUGAGAAGGAUCUCCAGAGCAAAGCUGACUCUGACAAGUCCAGUGUGCCGCUGGAACCUGAAGCGGAGCCCACACCUGAGACGCCCACGCAAGAAGUGAUGAAAAACGACAGCGGGAAAGUGCCUCCUCUUCAGAUUAAAAAAGUUUCCUCUCCCGGAAAACACAAAAGCUCAAAGCCAUCCUUUUUGAUUCAGCAGGUCAGCCCUGUGCCUGACAAGAAAGAUCUAGCUGAAGUUAGCGAGGACAAGCCAGUGUCUCCCGACCCAGAGGCCACGCCUACUAGGAGGCUAAGGAGGAGGACGUCCAGUCUGGAUUCGCCUCACGCAAAGCCUGUUAGUCAGAAACCCGUCACUGCCCCGAAACGGAGGCUGAGGAAAAGUCCACAAGAUGAAAAGACCGCACAGGAGCAGGUCGAAGUUUCCUCUGUCGAAGUUCCGACCGAAGAUUCCAGCUCACAAGCUCUUCCUGAAAACUCUUGCGGUGCUUUGGAUGAGGAGCAGUCACAGGUGACCAGCGUCAACCCCUCUGAAGUUCCCGACAAGGAUCUCUCGGGGAUUGCUGAUGCUCCGUCUGAUGUUCUAGAGGAAGUUCCCCCGCAGAAGGUGGAGGACGAGGCAGAGCCACAGAUGGAAGAGGCCAAACCUUUGCCCGUGCCUUCCAAACCUAGAAGAUGUAGAAAUAACAAAGUAGGUAAUAAGAAAGCCGUUCAGAGGAGGGCUGUUAAAACAAAGGCUGUCGUCACUUCUCCCGAUGCCCCAGUGGAACCAGUCCCUGCCCUAGCAGAGUCAUUCAGUACCACAGACGACUGUGCUAACGCAGAGCCAGUUCCAAAGGAAGAUGCUCAGCCCGUGGGAGCAGAAGUGAGCCAGCCGGAGGCAGAAGAGCGCGCUGAGCCACAGAGCCAACAGGACACUGUGUCGGUGGAGGAAGAGCACGCGCAGCCACCAGUGAAAGAAGAAACUGACAUGCAGUUGAUUGACACUCAGCCAUCCACGGUGGAGGAAAGUCAAGCAAGUGAGGAACCAACAUCACAGGCGUCACUCAAAAGAAUGAAAAAGAGGCGCAAAAGUUUAAUCGGGCAGCGUCAGAAGCACAGGCACAGAGGCAGAGACGGGAAGUUUGCUCCACUGAACUCGUCUGAAAGUCUGAGCGUUGGUGAAGAAGACGGUGACGUUUCCACCUCACUGGCAGCCGUCGCCCUCUCCCCCAACUCCAAACUUAUGGGCGUGCGGAAAAGGUACAGAAAGAGGCCGACGGGCCUGCAUUUUAUCAGUUCCAAAAGGCCCAAAUCCCGAUCUAAGCUCAUUUCCACGCUAAUUGAAGGGGCACUCGAGAAAGACGGCCUGAAGCAGGAGGAAGCAGACACCCCGCUCGACGGAGGUCAGACGGAUGCUGGUCACACUCAGCCCGGGAAGUCAAAGUUUAUAAAAAACAUCAAGCAUUUUAUCAUGCCCGUCGUAAGUGCCAGAUCCUCACGAGUGAUCAAGACCCCACAAAGAUUUAUGGAUGAUGCCGGAAUGUCUGUGUUGCCUCGAAGAAGCUCUCCAAAGAAGGGUUUCCAACUGGGCUUGCAGAUGCGUCCAGGAAAGAGGCGAGAUGAUGGCGCAGAAAGAGCAAUAUCCCCCAUCCUGCCUAUUGAUGAGGAAGACAUAUUAAGCGAAGCCCAACUAGAUGUUGAUCUAUUUUCCGCUCAGGACCUGGAUGACAGCAUCGAUCUCGCCGAUAGUCUGUUUUGUGAGAAAAGAGUGGAUAGAAAUGAAAAGAAGUCUUUUCUGAAGAGCACAAGCUUCAAGUGGCAUACGCCAGAACGGUCGAGCGAGGAAGUGUACACACUGGACAAAACUCUGGAGAGCAAAUGCGAGGAUCUGUUUUUAUCUCCUCCUGCAGACAAGCCCCAAGAGCUGUCAUCUGACCUUGUUGAUGCUCUGAAAAAGAAAAAUGUACCCAAGUUCAGCAAGCCAACUAGCCACCUCAAAAUUUAUCAAAGGCUUAAGAAGACACACGUGGGACUCCUCAGAAGCAAAAGCGCAGCAGAGCUUGAUUGUGUGAGUAAACCCGCUCAGCCGUCUGUUGACUUAGCCGAAGGACUCGAUGACGAGGCCAUGAGCAUCAGCCUCAGGCAGCGUGACACCAGCACAGAAAAGGACAAGUCCAAGCUCAAGAUUGAAGACCUCAAUGCCCCUGGAGUGGUGAGAAAGGUCGCUGUGUGUGUCCGGGGAGUCAACUCCAAGUCGCUUUCAUUUCAGCAAGAGGAAGAGAGGGAUUUAACGGGGAAAGACAGUGCCCAGCCUCUCUCAGGAGAGCUGCAGUCCCUUCAGAACUCGGGCAGAGGGGAAGCCGCUCAUCCCGGGUCUGUGGAGAAGGGAGCACCACAAAGAGCACGCCUCACUGGUGCAAAUAAAAGAAUGUUCAAUCUCCUCAGGAAAGCCAAGGUUCAGCUCUUUAAGAUCGACCAACAGAAGCAGCUGAAGUCCUCGGGGCUGUUAUCUGGUCCAACUGGAGCCAGAUCUCAAGACAUCGCCUCAAAGAGACAGAGGCGGAAGCAGAGGGUGCAGCCUCUUCCUGACGUUCCUGUCAAGACAGAGCCCCUUCAAGGACAAGUGAGCCACCAGAUCGAUACGUUUGGGCCACAGCUCAUCUCUCCACUCUGUCAGGAGUUCCGUAGAGCCGGAGGUCCCCGUAUCAAGCACGUGUGUCGUGCUGCCUCAGUGGUGCUUGGGCAGCCUCGAGCCAUGGUACCAGAUGACAUUCCCAGACUAAGCGCCUUGCCACUGCAUGAACGAUCCGGUAUUUCCCCAACAGCGGUCCCUAAAGAUAUUGGGUCUCCUUCAGAGUCGGACAACCCUGAGCUAUCCGAUGCAAAGGCGAACAAGGCUAAGAAGCAGUCGGGCUUUGUGAGGCGGAAAGGACUUGGGCCGUUCGGGUACCGGUCUCGGAGGUGUGGAGUAUGCAAAGGCUGCAACCACGAGGAAGACUGUGGAAAGUGCAUCAACUGCCUCGACAAACCCAAAUUUGGCGGUCCCAACACCAAACGGCAAUGUUGCGUGUAUAAGAGGUGUGAUCAAAUUGAGGAGAGAAAGGCACGGAGACUAAGUGGGAGAACAGCACCCAAAGGUUCUUCAAAGCGGCGGCGAUCGUCUUUCAGCGGGGGUCAUUCCAGCAACGAAGAAGGAAAUGAUUAUGCUGUCGACUCACCAUCUGGUCUCCACGGUGAUGGCCACAGUCCAUCAGUAAGGAAGCAACCGAAGCGUGUUGUUAAACCUCGCGUUUAUUUUGACCUGGUGGAUUAUGACUCAGAUCUGGACGACAAAGCCCUCUCCAGCUCUGCCUCUCCAGCAAGGAGAAGAGGUGCAGGUCCUCGCUUUGGCCAAGACUUUGUGCCUCUGGAUGGAUUCUUGGAAGACAUUUCAGAUGAUGAAAUCAGGCAUCGAAAGUCCAGUUCACAUCGUGUACCUCAGGGUCGCCGUAAAGCUGAGAAGGGUCUUCCAUCCCAGGGUCCUUUGGAGCAGACUCCUCCCAGUGUCCUGGCUGCUCUGGCUCAUGGAUUUGAACAGCGAGAAGUUGAAUCUUCUAAACCUACUCACAAAAUCAGGGUUGACUUUAAGGAGGACUGUUCUUUGGAGAAUGUCUGGAACAUGGGCGGCUUAAGCAUAUUGACCUCUGCACCACUCAUGCCACCUUACGUUUGCUUUCUUUGUGCCAGUAAAGGGCAACAUGAAAUGCUGUAUUGCCAAGUUUGCUGUGAACCCUUCCACCAGUUUUGCCUUGAACCAGCUGAGCGCCCCUCUGAGGAGAACAAGGAAAAUUGGUGCUGCCGACGCUGCAAGUUUUGUCACGUGUGUGGAGGGAAAAACAAGCUUUCAAAGCCUUUGUUGGAGUGUGAACGAUGCCAGAACUGUUAUCAUGCUUCCUGCUUAGGACCCAACUAUCCAAAACAAAACAAAAAAAGGAAAGCCUGGGUUUGCAUGACGUGCAUCCGAUGCAAAAGUUGUGGCGUUACGCCCGGGAAGAGUUGGGACCUUGAGUGGAACCAUGACAAAGGCCUCUGCCCAGACUGCUCACAGCUCUACGAACAGGGUAACUAUUGUCCAAUCUGCUUCAAGUGUUAUGAGGACAAUGACUAUGACAGUCAGAUGAUGCAGUGUGGCACCUGUAACCACUGGGUGCAUGCAAAGUGUGAGGAUUUAACAGACGAGCUGUACGAGAUCCUGUCCAGUUUGCCAGAGAGCGUGGUGUACUCAUGCCGACCGUGCAGUGUGACCCAGCCCAGUGCUUGGAGAGAGCUGCUGUACAUCGAGCUCCGGUCUGGAGUGGAGAAGGUGCUGGCUUGCUUACUGUCCUCCACCCUCACCCAGCACCUCGUGACAUGCUCACAGUGUGAAAAGUCGAUUGCCCCUGACAGCGGGGUUGAAGGCCAGCCAGCGUGUGACCUCCGAGCUGUUGGGAAGAAGUUUGACAAAGGUCUUUAUACUACACUGAAAAUGUUCCAUGAGGAUGUGGUUCAGGUGGUGCGGAAGAGGCUUGAACUAGAGGAAGAUCUUCCGGAGGAGCGAAGACCCACUGCCCUGGCCCGCUCUUAUUACUUAAAGCUCCUCGAGGAGGUUUUUAACUGGUUUAACAGCCAAGACCCGAAGGUGUGGAACCCUUGUACCAAAGACUUGCCCAUGGGGAUGCUGAACCAGGCUGUUCACCCUCCUACAACGGAGCAUGUCUAUGCACAGUGGCAGGAGAGGGAGGAUCUGUCGCCCAGGCCACCGUUGGGCCUCCUGCAGGAGGACAACGGACAAAGCUUAGAUAUAAAGAUGGAAGGCGGAGUCUCUCCAUUGCCUACAGAGCCAACAAACCGAAACCACUUCAGAACCAGCAGGGUUGUCCGAUACAAGGGGAAGAGAGGCAGGCUUUCAAAAGCUGAUCUAGACACUGGAUGGUCUAAAGAUGACGAGCGGCAGUGCUCUUUGUGCCAGAAGUACGGAGACCUCAAACCCAAUGAAGCUGGCCGGCUACUGUACCUUGGCCAAAAUGAAUGGAUACAUGUAAAUUGCUGUCUGUGGUCAGCUGAGGUGUUUGAGGAGGACAAUGGUUCCCUGCUGCAUGUGCACAGUGCCGUCACAAGGGGGCGAUUGAUGCGAUGUGAGCGCUGCAAUCAGACAGGUGCCACUGUGGGCUGCUGCCUGACAUCUUGUCAAAGUAACUACCACUUCAUGUGUGCCCGCUCCCGGCAGUGCGUGUUUCAGGAUGACAAAAAGGUCUACUGCUACAAACACAGACAUCUCAUCAGCGGCAGGAUGAUAACUGGUCAAGAAUUUGAAGUAAACCGCAGAGUCUAUGUGGACUUUGAGGGGAUCAGCCUUCGCAGGAAGUUCUUGACUGGACUGGAACCAGAGCUGAUCAAUGUGAUGAUUGGUUCCUUGCAGAUUGAAAAGCUAGGUGUGCUGACUGAACUUUCAGCUGGCAAAGGAAAAUUGUUUCCUCUGGGGUUUCAGUGUUCCCGGUGGUACUGGAGUACAGUUAACCCACUACGACGGUGCAAGUACACCUGCAAAGUACGAGAGUUCCGGCCGGUAGUCCCAGAGAAACCUGUUGAGGAGAUGCCUGACCAAGGAGACAAUCACACCAUCGCUCACAGCCCCUGUCACCCUCCUGAAUCUGAAGCCCAAGAACCUGAUGCCACAGAAACCCAACCUCCAACAGAGGAAACCUUUAUCCCAGUUCCUCCAGUGAGAUCGGAUCACAGCGCAAGGCCAAAGAUUCCCAGCUACCCCCUGCACAGGAGACCGGCUGGGGGGUUAUUCCGACCACUGCCAUCCCCAGGUAUAACCCAAACAAAACCCCAUCACAUUCUCACUAUAAGUGACCUGGAAGAGACUCGAAGAGUGCGUCGCCACAGCCCCCAUUCACAGACCCCUGGUCUAAGAACUCGCAUGUCUCCCCCUCCUCUGGGUCCUCCAACUGGACCGAUAACUCUCCGGGCAGGCAAAUCUUCUCUGCCCACCUCCCCACUGUUCCCCCUCGGUACUUCAGAUAGCCUGGUGAAUUGUCCGUCAUCCCGCACCGUCGGGGGAAGAAGCUCUUCCUCGGUCCGUUGCUCUGGAAAUACACACUGUUCCUCAUCCUUCUUCCCUCAGGCUCCGUGGCAGGACAGCACAGCCUCUGUAAGCCUGCCUUUCUCUUCGUCAAUGCAACAGCUACCCCGAAACAGAUUGUCGUUCGACCUUAGCCAGUCAGACUCGGUCGAGGUGCCACACAACUUCUUAGCUUCUCCUGAACCUGAGGAUGUCUCCCCAGCAAAUGGUACAUCUCCCCAUGGUGAGUUAGACAGACAGAAGGAUGAGGAAGAGUUCCCCUACAGUUCAUUCCACAAGGAUCCCAACCUGAGUCUGGGCGAGGAGAUGCGGACAGAACUAGAGAUUGAAGAAACGCUCCUGAAUGAAGGUGUGGCAAUGAAUUGUGGGGGGCAAAUUGUGGUGGAAGGCGAUGAUCAGGAGGGAUUUUGGGGGAGACCCCAAGAGGUACAUAAGAGGAAGACCCUUGUUGCAAAUCUUCCACGAUCUGCAGCCUCAGCAAGGGAGGACGUGGGCAACUCAUCGUCUGACGAUGAUAUGGAGCACUAUUUUGAUUUUUCCCGUACAAUAGUAAACUGCCCCGUAUCAAAGGAUCGGUCCAAGUCUCCCUCCUCCCCUUCACCCCGCCCCGUGGCUCAGCUGGAUGGGAUCGAUGACGGUACUGAGAGUGACGCCAGCGUGGCAACUACUGAUGAUAAUCAGAAGGUUGAUGCGUCGGGAAAAAAUCGGAUAGAAAACCUGAAAGGUAAAAAUAAAGACUCAGAACCUGCAAACAGCACAAAGGCCCCUGAAACACCAGCCAAUGAUAAGCGAGCCGACCCUCCAUUGGUUACUGUCUCUGAUGCCAUCAAAGGUACGAGUGGCAGCUCACAUCUGGAUCCACCUAAAUGCUUUGCUGGUCAAAGCUCUGACACUCCCUCAGCGGGUCAGGAAAACAUACUUUAUACCCAAGUCAGUGAGCCUGUCCCAAACGUACUCGCCAAGGUGACUGAGACAUCAUAUUCAGAGGAGUUAUUGGUAGGUUCUAGUUUAGGGUUGACUUCACAAACACCUCUUGUUCUGGAGCGGUGUGACAGCAGCCAACAUUUCACCGAGCUGCUUCCUGUGCUACAAAACAUGCCACCCGAAACCCAGCUGUCAGAAAAUCGCAAAGUCGUAAAUUCUGAGUCUGCGAGUAGAAGCUUUGCGUUGUCAGCUGAGGACUCAGCUGUGAUCAUGAACCAACUGACGUCCAACGUGAGCGAGCCCUCCAUAGCAGCUUCUGCUGUCAAUAGCCAGGACUCCCUGCUGAGUCUGCUCCAGCCCUCCCCCUUAAUACCUACAGACACACAAAACCCCUCGCAAUGCCUUGUAGACUCUCUCCAGAUGUACUCCUGUUUGCAAGGUUUUAGCCAGCCCCCUAUAACAAAUAUAACGCUUCAGCCGGUGACGUCGGCUCAGGAAUCUGCAACGACUUUGGAGCCGUUGUCUACCAAACUAACAACUCUCACUCCUGUCGGAGAUGUGACGCCAACCCAGAUACACGUUGCCCCACCCAGUGAUCCAAGCUUACAGGCUACGCCGAGCACGUGUCCCCCAGCCGGAACCUGCGGAGCGGUUUCUGUGCCGGUAUACUCCACCCAAACCCAGCCUUUCGCUUCGGCCGCCGUCACUAUCGUUUCCUCCUCUGCUCCAAUGUCUUGUCUGUCUGGACUGUCCACACACUGCUCGGCUGCUCCAACGCCACUGCAAACGACCUCAGCCCCGUUGAUCUUAAACGGUUACAGCUCGCCAUCCAUGCAAAAGGAAGCCACAUCAGGUCACACCAUCUCCAUCAACUUCUCCACGCCCCGGCCAGCCAUGGAACCUCAGCAGCCUUCGUUGCCCCAGGCCCUGCCCGGUCACGCCAUCCUUACUGUGAAAGAGGUGGGCGGCCCGAACGUGGAUCCCACUCCACACGUGCUGCUGGUCAACCGCCUGGGGCAGAUCUUUGUGAAAAACCCAGAGAGCAACACUUUCCAGCUGCCCACCCCCAACUCUCCAUCCUUCAAUUGCGUCACUCAGAUCGCCAGCCUCUUGCAGAGCAACGCCCUCUCAGCCACCCUGGCGGCCGCUGGUAGUGCCACGGCGCCGCCGGCCGGGGCCAACGUGGCCGCCGCAGCGCCAGCUCCCCCCUCAGUCACACCUGCAGCUACAGUCACACAGCUGCUCACCCACAACAACAACGGCGCAGUGGCGUCUGUUAACCAGAAAAAGUCGAGACAACCCACAAAAACGGCAAAAGAUGAAACGGUUUCAGAGCUGAAAAAACCAAAGAAGAAGAAGGAUGCACCCAGAAAACCCAAGUCCUCCAAAUCCACCGCGUCGACCGAGAACCCUCCCAUGAGCCCGGCUGAAAGUGCCCAAGCAAUCAUAAAUCAAGCAAUGGCGAGCAACUACACCCCCAAGUGGAGUGGGCUUCGAACAAUGAGCCCGUCCUCCCUGGUUCUGCCGCCAGGUCUUCUGAUUGAACCAGAGCCCGCCGCCCCGCCCCGCUCGCCACUGCCAGCUCCAGCCCCGGCCCCAGCCCCUCGCCCCCGCACCCACGUCCGCAUGAAGAGAGUGUCUUCGCUUUCAGACCGCAUCGUCACAAAGAAGUCCAAAGUUGACUUCCUCCAACCAGAGACCGUCAGUGAGCGUGAGGAGAACCCCAAAGCGAGCUUACCCAGCGCGCCCAGCAGGGCCUCGGGCGUGCGCAUCAAAACCCCAACAGUGAAGGGAGUGCUCAACCUGGACGCGUUAAAGGAGGAGCACUGGAGUGAUUCAGACAGCUCAGGGUCAGAGCCUUGGAAUAAUUUGUCUCAGGGUGAACAAGGCAAACCGCAUGUGUGGGAGUCUGUGGGUCACAGCAACCUGACCGACUGGAGGAAAUACUCUGGCGCUGCCUCUACGUCAGAUGACGAACCAGCUCCAUCUGAUGAGGAUCAGGGCUGCCCAGCCCACAGAGACCAGCCACAUUUGAGAUUUGAGAUAAGCAGCGAUGAUGGUUUCAGUGUGGAGGCAGAAAGCAUCGAGGUGGCCUGGAAAGCAGUGAUAGAUGGAGUGCAGGAGGCACGAGCAAUAGCCAGAUUGAGGCCUCUGACGUUCCAGAGGGUCACGGCUUCCGGGUUGAUGGGCCUGGUCCACGACGCCGUCGUGUUCCUGCUGGAGCAACUGGAAGGCGCUCACCGUUGUCAGCGGCACGCUUUCCGUUUCUUCAAACAGUUCAGCCAGGAGGACGACCUCCCUGUCAACCCCAGCGGCUGCGCCCGCUCAGAGCUCUACCUCAGGAAGUCUACAUUUGAUAUGUUCAACUUCCUGGCCUCUCAGCACAGACAGCUUCCAGACAUUGGGCCGUACGAUGACGAGGAGGAUGAGGUUCUUCUGAAGUCCACAAGACGGGCUACUAGUCUGGAGUUGCCCAUGGCCAUGCGCUUCAGACACCUUGAAAGGACAUCCAAGGAGGCCGUAGGAGUGUACAGGUCUGCUAUUCAUGGACGCGGCCUGUUCUGCAAAAGGAACAUCGAAGCAGGGGAGAUGGUCAUAGAGUAUGCAGGCAUUGUUAUUCGCUCAGUGCUCACUGACAAAAGAGAGAAAUACUACGAUGGCAAGGGUAUCGGCUGUUACAUGUUCCGCAUUGAUGACUUUGACGUUGUGGAUGCUACCAUGCAUGGCAACGCAGCGAGGUUCAUCAAUCACUCCUGUGAGCCCAACUGUUACUCUCGAGUGAUCAACGUGGAGGGCCGGAAGCACAUCGUCAUCUUUGCGCUGAGGAAAAUCUACAGAGGGGAGGAGCUCACCUACGACUACAAGUUCCCCAUCGAAGACGCCAGCAACAAGCUCAACUGUAACUGCGGGGCCCGGCGAUGUCGACGCUUCCUCAACUGAGUGAUCAGUCCCACUUAAAAGGAGUGAAUCCCUGUUUAUUAGUAAGCCUUAAAUUAAGGUGGCACUGGAUCGGGCGUUCGGGAGGAGGUGGUGUGUCUGCACAGCGGGAGGGUUUUGCCACUAUGGACCUCUCCAGAGACACGGCUGGUCAGAAGUGAUGCGAGGAGAAGGAAAAUCAGUUCAGAAAGCCAACGACUUCUGAAAGGUUUCUUGCCUCUUCUCUCGUCACACCGUACCUCUGCUAAAGAGGAGUUCUCCCAUGUCCAGCUGGCACAGCUGGCUGCAGUUUUGAUGUUUAUGGUCACGUUUGAUAUUUACAAGUGGGUUGUUCCUGGAACUAAAUGGAUGACGUCAACAGAAUUUCUGACACACACCAAGCCUUAUCUGUUUGAAUCAUUGCUGAGAACCUAUAUCUAAUCUUUGAUUCCUUAUGUGAUUUCUUUGUUUGUUUUUUGUUUUUUUGCUUGAAAAGAAGAAUUCGUAUGUCCACAGUACCCUCGAAUCAUGAUCGCUCCAUCCUCCAGUGACGGGGACAUUGCAGCCCUCUGUACCGUGGUGAAGUCUGUUCUUGAGCCAUACACUCGCCCAGACCUGUAUGUUUUAUCUCAUGUUCAACACUUUACACUUACUUUUUUUUUAGAUGUUUUUUUUUGUGAAUAACAAAAGAACCAUGGUGCUAAGCUUUGAAAGCGUUGUCUUUAGUUAUACUAAAACGUCUUGUGAAUCAGGAAUUGUUUAGCCGUUUUUUUUUUUCACCAUGCUGAGAUCAUUUAUGCACUCAAGCAGUACUCUUUGUUUCUAUUAUUGGAUUGCUAGGUAUGAUGCUAAAUUUUGAAUUUAGCAUCAUAUGGCCUGCUAGUUUUCACCCAAUCUCUUCCUGUACGUUCCAAAUCGGUUGUUGCUAUCUGCUGGUUUCAGUGACUAACAUGGUGUCAUAUUUCAAAGACGAAAGUGUCUUAAAGACUUAUUUUUCUUCUUUUUUUUUUUUUGCUUAACUUACAGUGUAUGUAGCAAACACUACCCAAGCCAAAAGUUAAGAUUUGUGGUGGGGGAAAAAAAAAAAAAUCAGUUUUUAAAUAUAUAUUUUAUUACUCUCAUGGCAGAUACGCAUUACUUAUUGCAAUAAGACUUUGUUACCCAACAGUUGCACAAGAAUAAUCAUCCAACACACGAACGUAUCUUCAUCUUUGUGAAGCCUGCUACAGUUUCUGUAAAUCAGGGAGAGCACUGGUAAAACGGAUUGCUACUGAGCGCGUACGGCCAGCUCCUGCGCCCGGGUGGUGGGGAACGGGGUGCACAGGGGCUCUGAAUGUUGCUGACGGCGAGCAUGCAGCACCUUUCGAAUAAUGUGUGAUGUUGUUUUAAGUCGAUGUUCUGUGCAGUCAGUGGCCAGCCGAGUUGAAUUCAGACACUGUUCCAAUUGGUGGUUCUAUUUAUUCGUGUUUUGAUUUAUAUUUUUAAUAGAAAAAAGGUUGUGCUGUGUAUAAUUGGUGGCGGUCUAGUGUAUUAGCGGAUUCCCCCUCUUUUUGCGUUCUUUGUUUACAGAUGAUUUGUGUCACUAAUUUACUUGAAUUUUUUUUGUUUCGGCCGUUGUGUCAUACGUAUAAGCCUUGAUGACAGAACUUGUUCUGAAGCAGGUAUAUAUAUUUUUUUAAAGAAGCAUUUUUUAUUUCGUUUUUUUUAUUUUGUAUUUAAAUCUUUUAAAGUGUCGAUUAUUGACGGUCUUAGAAUCAGCCACAGGAGUGAAGAGAGCACUGUUCACCUACUCAAGCCCAUCAUCUUUUUUCAUCCCCCUUUUCCCCAGAACUUAACAGAGCAAAUUAUGUUUUAUCUUUCUUUUUUUUUCUUUCUUUUUUUCAUAAUCCCCUUUUCCCUUUUGCAUGUCCAAUCACAGGGAUGGAGCCCAGAUUUAAAUUGUGUCAAUCAUUUAGCUGACAAAACGAGCAGUCACUCCCAACUUCUCGCAAGGAUUCUACCUCAGCUGUUUAGACAGAUAUUUGGGAAUACUGAUGCAAAACAAAAGGACGAUGAUAUGAAACACCUUGGUUUUAAUAUCCUGGUCUGUGUGUGUGUGCGUGCACUUUUUUUGUUUUUGUUGUGUGUGUGUGUGUCUGUGAGCGUGCAUGCAAUGAACGAUGCAGAAGCACUAGUCAAAAGCUGAAGUCACCAUUACCAUCUCUCCCAGGAUCUGUUAAGAAAGCUGUAUGUUAUAUAUAUAUAUACACAUAUAUAUAUAUAUAAAGAUAUAAAUAUAUAUAUAUAUCAUAGGGUUAUUUUAAAGUGUAAAAGACAAAUGAGAAAAUAUGUGCUCUUUAAAUUUACGUCUUUGUUACCAUGUACAAAUAAACAUUGAGUUUGUAAAUAUUUGUAUACAUAUUUCUAAACCUGUUUAAUUUUCUAUGCACUUUUUUAUUUAUAAUGUUAUUUGCU